AGAAGGUCGAAUACGCAGGAGCAAACACAAAUCUCAUGAAGGUAUCUCUGGUGGGCUGGCCAAUAGAUUAGUUUGAUCUCGCACCGUUGAGUAUAGAACCGAGAUCUUGAUCGAGGGGACUUUCUCGAACAUCUUGUCCACGAUCCUACAAGCCAUGCCUGAUCUGACGGACCGCGACCGGAAGUUCCAACUCUACUUCACCCUCCUGGCGCCCCAAUACGCCCACUUGACCUCGAACACCACCUACGACCUCCUCCUGCAAGCCUUCAACGGGCCGCUCAAGCAACGACUCAGCGGCGUCCUCAGCUCGUCCGACUCGGUGACUGUGCACGACAAUGCUUCGGGCCCAGGCACUGCCACCUCGGCGUUGCUCGACUUCUGCCACAGCGCCGACCUCCCAACGCCCACCGUCUACGCCACAGACUAUACCGAAGCCAUGAUCGACGCGCUGCAGCGCCUGAUCCCGGCUCGAGGCUGGACCAAGGUCGCCGCCCGCGUCGCCGACUCCCAAUCCCUGGACUUUGGAGAGGCCACCUUCGACCUCGGCAUCGUCAACUUCAGCAUCGCCAACUUCAACGACGCCGCGUUGGCGAUGCGGGAACUGCACCGGACGAUCAAGCCCGGCGGGACAGCCAUAGUCGCGAACUGGGAGACGUUCGGGUUCGCGACCGUGCUCAACACCGCGAUGAACAAAGUCAGACCCGGCGCGGGCCCGCUACCCGCGGCGGGCCAGGAGUUCAUGCAGGAGGACGUCCUCGUGCAGACGCUGGUCGGCGCCGGCUUCGAGCGCGACAAGGUCGCGGUCCACCUGACCGCGAUCGUGGUGGGUGACGCCGAGAGGCUGGCCGGGAUGACGGACUUCAUGACCGGGCCGUAUCUGGGCCCCGUGGCGGCGACGUUGUCCGAGGACGAGAAGAAGGAGUGGCCUGCCGCGGUGGCCAAGUCGAUCGAGGAGGCCAAGGCCGCCGACGGUGGUGUGGUCUGUAAGGCAUGGGUGCUUGCUGCAUCGAAGUAGUAGAGUAGUAGCCGUGGAGAUGAGGUUGGUGGUGAGGAUGCACCCAUAUACUUCGAGGUGCAGAGUAUAGGUCGCUACUUCAUCAAUCCAUUUACUUGGCCUGUGUACUAGAAAAAGGGGAUGGGUGUAGUGCUUCCACCGACAUACACAGUAGGUACCAAGGCAUGUAAAC